UCCCUCUGUCUGAGCAAUUACCCGCUGACUAGUUGCUCAUGAAUAUUAUAUUCCAAAUUUUCGCUUAAUUUCUCCUCCUUUUAUCUUCUUCUGGGUUCGAUUUUUCUUUUAUUACCUUCAAAUUUCAAUUUCAGUAAUUCCUUCUCAAUUAUUGAGUCGAAUCUGGUCUCUGGAUUCUGCGGUAUCAUAUCGGUUUUGCGCAAAUCGAGAAACUGCGACCUUUUCUUCUACGUCAUCCAUCUGAAGAGCGCCCAAGGAAGAGGCAGAAGAUAUGGGUUCCGUUGAGGAUGAUAACUCGCUCGUGGAAGAGGCUCUUCUUGAGGCAAAUGCUAAAGAUAAACCAUGUCCUCUUCCGUUACUGUGAUAAUACUUGGUCAACCAUCGGUGUAUAUGUAGACGAAAGGAGCAGACCAUACACAGGAGAUGGCUCUGUUGACUUUAAGGGGAGGCCUGUUCUUAAGCAGAAUACUGGCAAUUGGAAAGCUUGUCCAUUUAUUUUAGGCAAUGAGUGUUGUGAGCGUUUAGCAUACUAUGGCAUCUCAACAAAUCUUGUCACCUAUCUUACAAGUAAACUACAUGAAAGCAAUGUCUCUGCCGCAAGAAAUGUCACUACCUGGCAAGGAACUUGCUAUCUUACUCCUCUUAUUGGAGCUGUCCUUGCAGAUGCUUACUGGGGGAGAUACUGGACAAUUGCUUCCUUCUCAACGAUUUAUUUCCUUGGAAUGUGCACAUUGACUCUUUCUGCAUCUGUUCCAGCAUUAAAGCCUGUAGAAUGUAUGGGUUCUGUAUGUCCAUCAGCUACUCCUGCACAAUAUGCUGUGUUCUUCUUUGGUCUCUAUCUGAUUGCACUUGGGACGGGUGGAAUUAAACCAUGUGUGUCAUCUUUUGGGGCAGAUCAGUUUGAUGAUACUGAUCCUAAGGAAAGGAUAAAGAAGGGAUCCUUUUUUAACUGGUUUUACUUUUCUAUCAACAUAGGCGCUCUUGUAUCAAGCAGUUUAAUUGUAUGGAUUCAAGACAAUGAAGGCUGGGGUCUUGGAUUUGGCAUUCCUGCUUUAUUUAUGGGCUUAGCUAUUGUAAGUUUCUUUUUAGGCACACCCCUCUAUAGGUUUCAAAAGCCAGGGGGAAGCCCUAUUACGAGAAUGUGCCAAGUUGUGGUAGCAUCUUUCAGGAAACGGAAUCUGGAUGUCCCGGUGGAUAGUAGUCUCCUGUUUGAGACCCCAGAUAAGAGCUCUGCAAUUGAAGGAAGUAGGAAACUGGCACAUAGUGAUGAACUAACGUGCCUUGAUAAAGCAGCCAUAGUCUCUGAUAUUGAGAUCAAAAGAGGGGACUAUUCAAAUCCAUGGAGACUCUGCACUGUGACCCAGGUGGAGGAAUUGAAAAUAUUGAUCCGUAUGUUUCCAAUUUGGGCUACUGGGAUUGUUUUCUCUGCUGUUUAUGCUCAGAUGUCCACCAUGUUUGUGGAACAAGGAUCAAUGAUGGACACAAGUAUUGGUUCAUUCACCAUUCCUGCGGCCUCCCUCUCAACUUUUGAUGUCAUAAGCGUCAUUUUCUGGGUCCCCAUUUAUGACAGGAUAAUUGUUCCAAUCGCAAGGAAAUUUACAGGGAAGGAAAGGGGCUUCUCAGAGUUGCAAAGAAUGGGAAUUGGCCUUCUUAUAUCAGUCCUUUGCAUGUCAGCAGCUGCCAUUGUGGAGAUUAAACGCCUACAACUUGCAAGGGAGCUUGGCCUUGUUGAUAAAGAAGUUGCUGUGCCCAUGAGUAUAUUUUGGCAAAUCCCUCAGUAUUUCUUGUUGGGCGCAGCAGAGAUAUUCACAUUCAUUGGGCAGCUUGAGUUCUUCUAUGACCAAUCUCCGGAUGCAAUGCGGAGUUUAUGCAGUGCCCUGUCAUUACUGACUACUGCGUUGGGAAAUUACCUGAGCUCCUUCAUUCUCACUGUUGUAACUUACCUAACAACACAAGGCGGACAGAUUGGAUGGAUUGCUGAUAACUUGAAUGAAGGUCACCUAGAUUACUUUUUCUGGCUUUUAGCUGGGCUUAGCAUCUUAAAUUUUCUGGUUUACCUAGUCUGUGCUUCAAGGUACAAGCGGAAGGAGGCUUCUUAAGAUUGUUCUGGCAUUGUUACAGAAAUCUACGCUGAAAGGGUCAAAAAAAUCUGGCAAAUUAGGAGUACAUCCAUCCAUGCUGUCCUUUUUCUGUCAUGAUUAUUACUGUUGUCUUUGUGAAUUAAAGAUGCUCAGCAAUUAUGUAAUAUAUCUAUUUCUGCUGAUGUCAUGUAAUAUAUUUAUCCGUGACAGAAGGAAAUGUUCAUUAUUUGCCUGGUUGAAAAUACUCUUUGCAUCCCACACAUACAUGUAAAUUAUCAUCAGUAUACGUGCUUCCAUAAAUUCCUGUGUAAUAUUUCGAUGUACUGAGGUAGCAUGGACUUGGUUUCGCCGUCA